AUGGCCUUCUCCAAGAUUGCUUCCCUCACCGGCCUUUUGGCCUCUGCCUCUCUCGUCGCUGGUCACGGCUACGUCUCCGGCAUUGUUGCCGACGGCACCUACUACGGCGGAUACCUUGUUGACAAGUACGCCUACUCGGACAACCCUCCCGACACCGUUGGCUGGUCCACCAGCGCCACCGACCUCGGUUUCGUGGACGGCACCGGAUACUCGUCGGAGGACAUCAUCUGCCACAAGGACGGCAAGCCCGGCGCUCUGACUGCCUCCGUCAAGGCCGGUUCGGACGUUGAGUUCCAGUGGACCGAAUGGCCCGAGAGCCACCACGGCCCCGUCAUCUCGUACCUUGCCGCCUGCGACGGCGAGUGCUCGGCCGUGGACCCGACUUCUCUGAAGUUCUUCAAGAUCGACGCCAAGGGCCUCAUUGACGGCAGCUCUCCUCCUGGCCAGUGGGCCACCGACGACCUGAUCAGCAACAACAACUCGUGGACCACCACCAUCCCCUCGUCCAUCGCCGACGGCAACUACGUUCUGCGCCACGAGAUCAUCGGUCUCCACUCGGCCGGUCAGGAGAACGGUGCUCAGAACUACCCCCAGUGUGUCAACAUCAAGGUGACUGGUGGCGGCAGCGCCAGCCCCGAGGGCACCGCGGGUGAGGCCCUGUACAAGGCCGACGACGAGGGCAUCAAGUUUGACAUCUACUCCGACCUGAGCGACGGAUACCCCAUUCCCGGCCCUGCUCUUUUCGAUGCUUAG